AUGGCCCACCCCGUCACCGAGAUCGCAUACCUGCCUAUCAAGGAUGGUGUUGAUUUGAACGAGGGCGACAGCAAGCGCAUCUGGGACGCUACGCUGCACACGAUCUCGCAGCAGUCCGGAUUCAAGAGCUUGCGCUGGGGCGUGCAGAUCGAGCACCCGGGGGUCGCGCAGAUGGCCAUUGAAUGGGACUCCAUCGACGCCCACCGCGCCUUCACGUCCGCCCCGUCCUACACCCCUUUCCUGGAGUCCUUGGACCCCCUCCUCAGCGCCCCGCCGCACAUCUUCCACCUCUCCCUCCCCCCCUCCCCACACGCCGGCUCCUCGCCCUUCGACGCCCCGGUCACCGAGUGCGUGAGCCUGUACUUCGACCCCGCGACGCCCCCCAGCGCAUAUGACGCCUCCUUCGCGGCCUUUGUAGCCGAGGGCGCAAAGGUGACUGGCGUGGUGCCGACGGGGAUGAUCGGCGGGUGGGGCGUGGAGGCGCAGAAGGCGGACGAUGAGGGCGAGGAGAUGCGGUUCUUUGGCGUGUUUAUCGGGUGGGAGAGUGUGCAGGCGCACAUGGAUUUCCGCGCGAGCAAGGAGUUUCCCGGCGUGGCUAAGUAUUUGAGGGAGGGCGUGGGGAAGGCGAAGAUGCAUCAUGUGGCGUUGAAGAGGUAUGGGGCGUGA